GCCUGCGCGUCUGCGGCUGUAAGUUCGUCCUGCUGUUCCAGGCGGGAUGGUGCCGCUGUGCCAGGUUGAAGUAUUGUAUUUUGCAAAAAGUGCUGAAAUAACAGGACUUCGUUCAGAGACCAUUUCUGUGCCACAAGAAAUAAAAGCGUUGCAGCUGUGGAAGGAGAUAGAAACUCGACAUCCUGGAUUGGCUGAUGUUAGAAAUCAAAUAAUAUUUGCUGUUCGUCAAGAAUAUGUCGAGCUUGGAGAUCAGCUCCUCCUGCUUCAACCGGGAGACGAAAUUGCCGUUAUCCCCCCCAUUAGUGGAGGAUAGUGCAUUUGAGCCAUCUAGGAAAGAUAUAGAUGAAGUUGAAGAGAAAUCUAAAGACAUUAUAAACUUUACUGCCGAGAAACUUUCAGUAGACGAAGUCUCACAGUUGGUGAUUUCUCCGCUCUGUGGUGCAGUAUCUCUCUUUGUAGGGACUACAAGAAAUAACUUUGAAGGGAAGAAAGUCAUUAGCUUAGAAUAUGAAGCGUAUCUACCCAUGGCGAAAAACGAAGUCAAAAAGAUUUGUAGUGACAUUAGGCAGAAAUGGCCAGUCAAACACAUAGCAGUGUUCCAUAGACUUGGCUUGGUUCCAGUGUCAGAAGCAAGCAUAAUCAUUGCUGUGUCCUCAGCCCACAGAGCUGCAUCUCUUGAAGCUAUGAGCUAUGCCAUUGAUACUUUAAAAGCCAAGGUGCCCAUAUGGAAAAAGGAAAUUUACGAAGAGUCAUCAUCUUGGAAAGGAAACAAAGAGUGCUUUUGGGUAUCCAACAAUUAAUCACUUAGUUUUUAGAGCCUGCGAUCUUAACUUUGUUAAACUAUUAUCAUUGAUCACAUUUUGAUUUUUUUCUCUCCACAUUAGGAUAGUUUACUGAAGCAGAGUCUCUUAUGUUAUACUAGUGGGACAAAAGGGGAGAAAAAGGAGCAAGAUAAAUGGGUAUGUAGGAUGAAGGGUUAUUUAAAAUGGAACUAAAGAUAGAAGGAGGACUGUAGGAAAGAAAUGGAAUAAUUUGAAUGUGAGGAAAGAUGUCUGUGGUAGACAUAUCCUUCCAUGACUAAUUUCUAAUUGUAACUCAAACUCCCAUUGAGGUAUGGGCCCUCCUCAGUGACUUUAACUGACUCAGAAAGAUACUCCCCCACCACCCCCACCUCACCACCCCCGUCCCGGUUCAGGGAUAGCAUUAUUAUCAAGGAUGCAUGACAGGAAUGUUGGCAGAACUGGAAAGUAUUAAAAAAUCAUUAUCAGACAGUCUUAAUAUAUAUUUUCAGAAAUAUAUUAAAAAUAAUAAACUGAAACCGAUUUCAAAAGUUUAAAAA